CCAUCUGAUAGGCUAAAUAUGAUUUUAUAUUGAACGUCGACUUUGGAUUUUGACACUCAUGACCUGCAAAACAAAUUUUGUGAUUUUUCUUAUUUGCUGUUUUUUGUCCGAGUAGAAGAGACGAGGGAUUCGCGGACAUUUGCCCGGUUAUUAGUAGCUCUUGUUAUAAUUUGUGGGUUGAAUUGACUGGAUCUGAAGAGUUGGACAUAAACAUGUAUGCAGGACGGAAAAGAAGGAAACCAGUGCAAAGAACGGUGAAACAGCCCCCAGCUGAAGGUGUGAAAUCAAACCCGUCCAAACGCCAUCGAGACCGGUUAAACUCAGAGCUGGACAGGUUGGCCAGCCUCCUUCCGUUUCCCGAGGAGGUCACCAGCAGCCUGGACAAACUCUCCAUCCUGCGUCUGAGUGUCAGUUACCUGCGAGCUAAGAACUUCUUCUCUGUCGCCCUGAAAAACCACAACUGCAAAGGUUUAUCAGUGAACAACAGUAACCAUGACAACAAUAAAGCUGCGGGAUUGGCUGAUGGAUGGCUGUCCGAGGGAGAGCUCCUACUACAGGCACUUAAUGGCUUUGUGUUGGUGGUCACCUCUGAGGGGAUAAUUUUUUACUGUUCUCACACCAUCCAGGAUUACUUAGGAUUCCAUCAGACAGAUGUGAUGCAUCAGAAUGUCUUUGAACUCAUUCAUUCUGAGGACCAGCAGGCCUUCAGACGUAACUUACACUGGGCCCUGAACCCUCCUCCAUCCAGCGCCCACACAGAUGAGUCCCCACAAGAUGGAGAUCCAGUCCCAAGUAUGGCUCUGGUGGCAUGCAACCCUGAGCAGCUGCCUCCUGAAAAUUCCUCUUUCCUUGAGAGAAAUUUCGUCUGUCGAUUCCGUUGCCUCCUGGACAAUUCCUCAGGAUUCCUGGCCCUGAAUCUCCAAGGACGUCUGAAAUUCCUGCAUGGACAGAACCAACGAUUGGAUGACGGGGGCCAAAUGCCACCCCAGCUCGCCCUGUUUGCCAUAGCAACACCCUUACAGCCUCCCUCCAUAAUGGAGAUCCGAACCAAGAACAUGAUUUUCAGAACUAAGCACAAGCUGGACUUCACCCCAAUGGCCUGUGAUGCAAAGGGUAAAAUCGUUCUUGGCUACACAGAGGCAGAGCUGAGAGUUCGUGGUUCAGGAUACCAGUUCAUUCACGCAGCCGAUAUGCUCUACUGCGCCGAGAACCAUGUUAGGAUGAUCAAGACUGGAGAAAGUGGCCUGACUGUGUUCAGACUGCUUACAAAGGACAACCGCUGGAAAUGGGUACAAGCUAACGCUAGACUCGUCUACAAGAACGGCAAGCCUGACUACAUCAUCGCCACCCAGAGGCCUCUUGUAGAAGAAGAGGGUGGGGAGCACUUGAAGAAGCGAUCUAUGCAUCUUCCCUUCACCUUUGCCACUGGAGAAGCUCUGCUGUACCAAACCGGCUAUCCCAUCCCAGGCUUCUCCGACAACCUUCAGGGCAAAGGAAAGAACAACAAAACCAAAAAGAGCAAGGGGGAUAAAAGCUCCAAGGAUGAUCUGGACCCCAGCUCUCUUCUGGGAGCCAUGAUGAGACAGGACGAGACGGUUUAUGUUUGCCAGCCUGCAAUGGAGCCAAGAAUGUCCUUCCACAGUAGCCUCUUCAGUGAGCAACGAGAGACUAGCACUUUCUCUUCUUCUGCAGAGAAUGAUAGUUGGAAUCCAGCACAGAAUGGUGGAGUUGCAAGCUCCAAACAAGAGCCUUCAAGUUUUGACCCACUUCUGGCAACAUUAGACUCUCUGUCCCUGGAAAACGAGGAGAGCUGUUCCAACAGUGAGCUCUUUAAUGCCCUAGAGAACCUCGGGCUCAAUGCAGAAGAUCUGGAGUUACUUCUUCUAGAUGAGAGGAUGAUCCAGGUAGAGAUGGAACCAGAUUACAUUCCAUCUCUUAACGAUAUUCUCACCAACAAUGAAAUCCUUUCCUACAUCCAGGAUUCGUUGGAGAACCGGAUCGAGGAUUUACCAAGUGCUGAAGAUACUCAGAUCCCUGUUGCUGCACUAGAUUCUGCUGAACCUCCUAAGCCAUGUUCUGCUUCCGAGUCGGCACCUCAAGUUACUUCCUCCAUGCCUGCUCAAUACAUACCUUUCUGGCCACAAAAUCAGCCAGCACCUAUAGUUCAGCUUUCACAACAGAUGCAGCAACAUCUUAACGGUCAGUCGGUUUGUCACAAAACCGAGAACUGGAUCCAGGAGCCAAUGCCUCAGGUGUCUACAACAAAUACUGAGACAACUACAUUUAACCAGUAUGACUCCUUGUUAGUUAACUCGGUAACAGGUGUUCACAAUGGUCACUGGGUCACAGAACACAUGCAAACCAACUUAAACAAGACCUUACAGUUUGGUGACAAGAUAACGGAAACUAGUAAAGCACAACCACAGCAAUGGCAACAAAAUCAGUUGCCACUCCCAUUCCAGUAUAAACACAAAACUGUUGAGGGUGGUGACGCCCCUACAAAUGGCUACAGUGACCCUCAGUGGCACGGAUACAACUUUGCCGACCCAGUCGACUUUGUUGCAAACGGAUCUUGUUUUCCUAAAGGCCAGACCCCACAUAUACAGAACACAAUGGGUAACCAUGUGGGUUACAGUAUGGCUGACAGAUCAGGUGUGGAUUUUACAAUGAACAGCAGUUCUGCUGGGGAUGUAGGGCAGUUUCAGGGAAUCGUGGCAUCAUCUUCAUCCUAUCAGCAAGGUUAUCUGAAACAGCAGCAGCAGCCAAAGGUCACAUCCACUUUUUAUGCUUCCUAUACCAAACAAAACUCCUCACUAGAGAAUAUCCUGGGAUUAGCACCACCUCCGAACCUUCCCUCAAUGACAGAUUACAGUUCUGAUAUGACCCAUGACAACACCCACAGUAAGAUGGAGACAGGCUUCAUACUCAACUCCACAACAGUGGCCUACACAGGAAGUUGUCUGGUUCCCAAUGGCAAUGCAGUGGCCACAUCCGGCAACAGUCCCCACGCCCUUCCUGAGUCGCUCACACCUCCUCCAGAUCCUCAGACCACUGGCUUCUACCUCUGAUCAGACUCAGUACAGAUUCAUCCGAAGAGACAGUCAAUCACAAUUCAACUGGCAAACAAAAAAGUGAAAAGGAGACAAAAAUAAUAAUUUUUUAGUUUUACGUUUGCUUAUUUAUACUAAAUGAGCCACAUUCACCUCUGGAAUAUCUAACCAAUUAAAGUCGCUGAAGAAACUUCCGCCAACAUAAUGUGAUAGCACUCUCAAUUAUUACAUAUUUGAAGAUUGUUUGGAUUAUUUCUGAUUAAGUAUGAGAAAAAUUGAUGGUGGUUUGUGAAAUGUACAGAAAAUGCAAUUGGCAUGCAGUAUGCAGUUUUACGGGUUGUUCGCACAGAACACGUUUUUGCGUCCAUCUGCUGAAUUACAUUUUAGAAUUACUUUUCAAAGAAACAUGCUGGAUGGGCAUCUUUGACCAUUGCGACCCAUCUUGCUGUUUUUUUAGCAUUUCGUGCCAUGAAGCAAUGCCCUGUCAAGCCAAAAGAACUUCAACUUUUAAAAAUGUGUCUUGAGAUGCCUGCAUUCUCUUACGUUCGUUGCACUGCAUCCAAUUUUUCGCUGUGAUUUUUUUCCCCGCAAGAGCGUGUUCUGUGUGAAUGGCACAAUUAGAGGUGGUCCAUCUGUAAUAAGUGUGUGUUGGGGCAUGUAUGUUUGUGCAUAUGUAUGUGUGUGUGCGUGUAGUCACCAUUUAUUAGGCCCUAUUCAUAAAAACGCAAGCAGAACGAUUUUUGAAUAUUCAAAUUAUAUUCCACAACAGUUUGUCUAAAACAGUUGUAAACAUUCAAUUACAUUCAAACUAAAGAAGAAAUGUCCACGUAUAAUGAUUGUUGUGACAUUCUACGUAAGAGUGGUUUUAUGAACGAUUUAAACAAAAAAUAAUUCUGCUUGCGUUUCACUAACAGGGCCCAUAGGGCCUUAUUUCUGUAUAAAUCGUUCAUGAAUGAAUUCUUACAUAUCUAUUCCCAUUGAAUCGAAUGGAAAACAAAUUACGUAAGAAUGGUUUUACUAACAAUUUGCACAGCAAUUCAUUCUGCUCACAUUUUACGAAUGAGGCCCAUUGUCUAUAAAUGAUGUCAAGAGCGUAUGUAGCAUAUAGCUAUUUCGAAACCUAUUGUUCUGAAACGCAGUAAAUUACUUCAGUAUUUAUAUAAACAAGAUUGCAAUGCAUAUUUAUUUAUGAAAAGGCUAGAGUGUGACAUUCCUUUUAAUGGUCGUAUUGUGAAUGACAAUUUAAGGUAAAAAUAUGCAAGAUGUCAAUAAAGCAGUAAGAGUUAGCAGUAAAAAAAAAAAAAAAAUCUAGACGUCACUUAGACAUUGACCUGACCCCUUCGUCCCGCUAUUACAUUGGGUGAGGUUAGAUUUCAAGAAGCUGAUUCAAGAUCAGCGUUGCAAAUCCACUUUUACCUGCUUCCGUCCUUUUAGAUACAAGUGUUCAAGUGUUUAGUAAUUCCAGAACUUAUCUACAGUGAUCUUGUUCAUAUUCGUAGUUGUUUGUGCGUAAAGUGUACACGUAAUUUUUUUACGUUUGAAUAGACAAUGAAACGUACAAUACCAACAUGUUGACAGAAUCAAAAAUGUAAACCCUUUUACGUAUGUAUAAAUAUUUACGAACUGGUUAGACAUGAAAUUGUCACCACUUGUGAUCGAGUUCAAUAUCGAGUUCACAAUGAGGCAAAUGCAUUAACUGCAUUAAAAUGUGAUUGUGUGAAACAUUUAAUCGGCAUUACAUUCAAUUUAUUAUAAAUACAAUAAAACCAACCUAUGAAUUAAUUCAAAGUCUUUUUAGCAAGUCAGUCCACUCAGCAACCAUCUAUGGAACGCUCCUGGGCAGCAUGUAAACAAGCGGCAUACAAGUGCAGCUCCGAUCUACUUGAAUGGGGAAAGACCGAAAUCUCCAAAAUGGUUGGUCAAGAUUAUGAUCAAAGAACAUAUUUCAAAUCAGCAGUAAAAUCUGACAACACUGGUAUCAUAAAUAAUGCUUCUUAACCAAAGAUUACACAAAAAAAAAACUGUUUUCCCAGCUUGUAUAGCUAAUGCGCAUUCCCGAGUUGAUUGGCAUGCAAGCAGUGUCUGUAUCUAAAAGCUGAUUGGCUCUUUUACCUGUAAGGUGGGACUUUCUUUCUACAUCCAUUAACCGUUGGGUGUUCCAAUUUCUCCUUUUAAUUUUAAUAGAAGUGGCCCAUCUCUGCUAAAUAGUCUCUGAUUCAAUAUUCUACCAACCUCAAAGGAUUUGUGUCUCUAAAGUCGUUCAUACUAAAAGGAUUUACGUUUUCAGUAUGUUGAUAUUGUACAUUCCAGUGUCUAUCCAAAUGUACGAAAAUGCAUGUGUUCUAGAACCACACUUAAUGUACCAGUACGUACAAAUUCUAAUGAGAUCACAUUGACUCGUCCGGCAAUGCAUUUUAAAAACCAAUUCAAAAGCAGGGUUUGUUUCAUCUUGAAAAAGAGAUUCUGGAAGCUUACAUUAUUGAAUGUGUCACGUGUAUUGUAAAGCAGUAAAAAAAAAAAAAAAAAAAAGAAUAAUGAUAUUAUUUCAUCAAGGGUGCUGCAAGGUGUUUUAUUAAUAAUAUUGUUAAUUGUAAUAGUAUUAUAAAGUCAAAAAGAAAAUACAUUUUUCAGGCCAGCCUCUUCGUUUUUAACGUUUCAUUUUUAAAAACAUAUAUACUGUAUUUACAGACAUUUCAAUUAUAAGAAAUAACACUGGCUGAAAUUGUAACUAUGGGUUCGAAUUUCUUUAACACACACAUAUAUGAGAAAACAAUAUGACAAUCAUUUAAAUAAUGGAAAAGCUGUUUAUUUAAUAUUGUCAUAAGCACUAUUUUAAGGAGCACUGCGGCAUAACCAGGUUUGACUUUUUUCCGGCACAAGAUGUAGCUUCUAGAGAGAUGUUAUUUGGAGUAAAUAUUGUAUAAUUUCUUUAGGUGUUCUGUUUGUAUGUUUGAAAAAUAAGUUUUACAUUUUUUAUGAAAAAAAAGAAAGAAAGAAAGGAAAUGGUGCCAUACUGGUAAAUUUUACUUUCCAGAAUUUAAAUGUUUUGCUAUUUGUUUAGAAAUGAUGUCAGCCAUGUCGUCUUUUUUUAAAGAAAUUCACAUUUGGAUUUAUUUUAAUAUUCUAACACACUGAAAGUAGAGGCAAAGGUAGGUACAUAUGCAGUUAUGUCUGUUUGUCAUUUGACUGCUUGUUGAAAUGUACAAUUUGGUCCUUAAAUUAA